UUCUUGCUGUGCAGCAACAGUGCUUAGCAGCGUGACUCUGUGGUUGUUCUCUUCACUGGCUUUUGGACAUUGGGCUGUUAUCUAAUCACCAGUAAAAUAAAUAAGACCUUCCUCUGGAGCUUUUUGGUCCCUUUACCUACUUAUGACAUAAAUGUCCGACCAGACUAUGGACACUUCAGUCCUGUGUGUAAUGAUAUAUUUGCUAGUGUUGGUAAAUAGGCUGUAUUUAUGAAGAAGUUACAUAUAAAAUAUGUGAUGACCUUCUUUUGCUAGUAUCUUUCAGAUCACCUGCUUGUGUUCAGACUUACUGUAGCUACAUUAUAAUCAAUACAGUCAGUUUUGGCCACUUCAAAUAUUCUUACUGCAUACAUGACAGGAGUUUGACACAUUAUAGGAAAACAGUUUAAAUACCAAAAGUUACUGUGGUAUUCUCCUGAAAAAUAUGUGUGUCACCUCUCAGACAGCAGGGCCUUACUCCAGGAACUAGGCUUGGCCGAUAACUCUAAAAUGAGGCCCUCUGGGUUAACUUGAACUCUGAUUCAAUUACUGGAGUAACAGAUUUGUGUGAACUAAACCUGCUCACUGGCUGGUUUUCUUUGACAAACUCUCUGACUCCUCCCCUUUUGCUGCACUUGAACAGGAUGACUGACAGCCAGAUUGAUUUCCUUGCCGAUAAUCCUCACUAAGUCAUGUCAAAGUACAUAAAGGAGUUUGAGUUUUUACAAAAACGGAUAUACGUGUUUGUUUGUUUUUUAAGUUUGCUAUUUUGUGUACUUCAGAUGAAGACUUUUACAUUCAUUCAGUUGUCAGUAUUUAUGGAUGGAGACAGCGAUUAUGUGACAUAAAAUCUGUGUAGUCUCCACCUUUCUAACUCUGAGGCUGUGGAGAUUAAUGCAGCAGUCAGUUCACUGGUUCUGCAAACAUAUACUGUAUGUUACAUACUGAUCAAUCACAAAUCAUGUGUCUGGAUUUAAUCAGAAAAACGUCUGUCACUGUUCUUGGAAAUAUUGUGAACAUUUGGGUACAGAUGAGGCUCAAAUGACUUUAAGACUCUAAAACUGAACCUAAUGUAUUGAAAGUGACAUUUUAAAAGCAGCUUGAGACAGCCGGGUCCUUAUCUGAUUACAUUUCAUGUUGAAAUGUGUUCAGUCAGUCACCACAGGAUGUCAGCCAACAUUUAAGAGGUUCAGAGUCUGAACCUCAACAUGUUUUUCACUGAAAAUAUCUUCAGGUGGGUCAGGGUCGACCCACUGAGCAUGAUUUAAGCUACAGAACAGAUCAUCAAAUUGAUCGGCAUAUAAACAGCUCUACAAAAUAAGAGACAUUUGUAACAGGUUUGCCUUUUAUGAUAACUUUACAUCCAUUAAAGACUUGGAAAGCAUUUUUUAGUUAUGUUAUGUUUUUAGAUCAAAAUGUAAAUACUUACAAUAGGAACAAAGUUAAGAAUAAAAUAGUCAUAAACUGCUGGAGAAGACAUUUCUUAGUAAAAACUGAGCUGAGGGUCGAUGCACACAGAGCUAUCUGGGUAACUGUCACAGCUUCAGUAAAGCUGUUUUUGAUCAUUCAACAGAUUUGAUCUUCACUUUCUCUUACAUUUUCUCCUCUCAGGUAAUUAGAUUUAAAAUUAAAUGUUAAAUUAGGAUUCAGCUUCAUCUGCUCAAGCUUGCUAACUGAUGAGCAUUGAGAUUUAAAAAAUAUAAACUUUAUUCAGUCUAUGAUGAUGACAAAUAGGACAAGCUGAUUAAAUUUAGUCUUUCCUUCCGUUCUGUUUUUUCAAAUAAAUAUAAUCAGCACUGACUCGUUUUCUUAUUCCUUGGUCCGCUAAUGAUGGUUUUCUUUCUCUACUCGUGGAUGUGCUUAACUAAGGGUGAGCAUAGACUGAACUAACUAAUCAGCUGUUCUGGAACAGGAUAAUCAGAGCUGCUGAGUUUAUUUUUAAAUUCAGUUUGUUGAACAUGCUUCCUGUUAUAGAGCUUGAUGUGACUUUUGCUGUGCACUGGUUUCACUUGGGUGCCAGUAUUGCUUGGAGGACUGGUGGACAGCUUUUGUCAGUUACAUACUCCUUUCAUGGUACCACAUUUACAUCAGUUUCUGUCAGUAUUUGCCUUUCGAUAGCCUCCACAAACAAGCAUUUAGGGUGUAAUUUGAUGCAGUGGUUGCUAGUGAAAAUUCCAGGCUCUGGUUGGCUAGGUAACUCUCUGUGUUUACCACAUGCAUGUCAGCAGUAUUAGGCACGGUCAUCAGUCAGUGCUUCACAUGCUCACCUCCGAGUUGCAAAGUUUAUUUUAGGACUAUUAUUAUCUUUUAUCAUCAACUUUCUAUGUUCUGCUCACAUUACAUUAAUACUAUUGUUUGAAGGUGGGUGCAUUCUUCAAUGUGAGCGAUUGAAGUGACUGACGGAGAGAGAGUGCAGAAAUGCUGGUGCCGAUGAUUGGCUUUAAACCAUGUGUGAAUAAUGACUGAUGUCAGGUGACGUGAGUUCGAGAGAGGCUCUUUUUCUUCAUUCUCAGGAGGAUGUAACCAGGGGCGGAUCUAGAGAAAUUUUCCUAGGGUGGCAUGAGGGUGGCAAAGAAAUCAAAUGGGGUAUACCUCUCAUAAAAACAGUUCAAAGUACCAAAUAGCACAGCUUGGACCAGGUACUCACAGCUUCAGGUUUGCUGGAGAGAAUCCCUGCCUGCACCUGUGCUUAUAAAAGGGACAAAACCCAGCCCCGCCUACCAGGGGCAGGUCCCAGUCUCAGGUCUCACCUGUCACAACAGGUUAUUGAGAGAAUCUGCUAAGCUACACUGAAGUCCAUUCGGGACAUAAAUUCUCCAUUAUCACUUUUGCAAAAACACGAGUUUUUAUCAGACCGGUCUCAUAUGUGCCAAGUUGUGUCUAUGUGCAUUUUCCACUUUCAGAAGGCUGACUUGUAAUCGUCAGGAGUGGAUUGUUUCAUCUUGCCACUCACACCAGAAUCCCAGGUUGUGCACAUCAACAUCACACAUUUGUACAAACAAAGUUUAUAACAAAGACAUGUUAAAUAUUAAGCACUGAAAACAGCUUGGUUGUUGUUGUUUGAAACGUCAUUUAAUGCUUGUUGUUUUGUUGCCAUAGUGAUGCCUCCAGGGAAAAUUAGGGAGCAGAGCAAGAAUGAGACCAUAUUAGUGGAUAUAUGUUUUGAUAACUUUGGGUUCUCUUUGUUUUUGCCUAACAAUCAUAAAGAAAUGUAUUAUAUUUUGUGUGUGUGCUCAUUAUUGAGCCUUAAUCCUGCAUGAAGGCCAAGAUGAAGCUCUUAGAGGAGAACUUUACAGUAACUAUUAGAAUAAAUAAAAAAAUGACACACUGACUGAUUUAGUUUUUUAGAUUCACUUCUGUCUUGAGUAUUUUUCUGUCUCCAUAUAAAAGAUAUGAAAAUCUGAGUAAACAAGUUGAUGUAAAAAGAAUCUCUGUACAUUCUGCAGUCUUUGAUGCUAAAAUGACAUCACAGCAUUUAAACAUGUUUUGAAUGAAAACAUCAGCAUAUGAACACAAAACUGAAGAGACACUGCAAGCGUAUGAAAGCAGACGACUAUUUAGUGACAUUUCUACGUUUCCCUGAGGAUUAACUGCUCUGUAAUUUACCAAGAACUAAAUCAAAAUGAGUGGAAGAGGAGAUGAAUCACAAAAUAACCGUAAUGGCCGACAGGUUAACCCAGAAAUCUUUCCAAGUGGAGAUCAGGAACCAGCUUAUGAACCAGCUACUGAACCUAUUGGUGGACUCCGGGGCUUCCUGAACAAUCUUUAUCUUGGUCUCUAUACUAUUUUUUGGAGGAUGGAUGAGCUAAUAGAUGAAUUAGAGGAACGAUAUGAUGACAUUCACAAUAUUAUUGUGAGGGACAAUAAUGCCAAUGCUGACAACAAUGAACAGCACGAUGAUCACAAUGCUGCUGUUGUUGUUGGCAUUGAAAAUGAUGAUUCUGAUGAGGCAUUUGAAGAGUGUGUGGAUGUUCACCAGUACAUCCCAGAAGAGGACCCUCAGCCAGGUGUAUCCAGGAGGAGGUGUAGAGAGAUGGAUGAAGAAGAUGUGGAACCAAACAAAAGAAUCAGAUGGAGCGAGGAGUUUUCUGAUGAUGACUCUGACUUCUUCUCUGCUUGUGACACUGAUAGCGAGGGCUGUCCUCAUGUUGGUAAUAUUGCUGAUGAGGACAGCCCUCAGCAGGUAACAGAAGAAGAACUGCUGCCUGGUGGAUCCACGAAAAGGUCCAGAGAGGAAGAUGUAGAUGAAGAAGAGCGUAAUAGCAAAAAAUCCAGGCUUGCAAACUCUGAUUCGGGGACUAGCUCAGCUGUGUAUGAUCACUCUGAGAGCAGGAGUGAUGACCUUUUUGAAGAUGCACUUGAAGAGCUCGACAACCAUGAAACUGGAGGCUCGAGGAAGCGGUCCUGAGAGGAUUUUGAGGAAGAAGAGGAAUUCUGGCGUGUUUGCAAAUUUCAGAGGUGUUCAAAUGAGUCCACCAGCAGCAGUGAUGACGACUAACACUAUUUCGACAGGUUUUUUCAGUAUCCUUUUCGUAGGCUGAUGGCCUACUCAGCUGACCCUGAAUCCUCCCUUGGUUAUGCUGCAAUAAGCUGGACAUACACUGUGCGAUGUUUCAGUCGCGUUAUUCAGCUCCUGCUCAAACUGCACGAUUGAAGUUUGUAGGUACGAUGCAGAGUCUCACACUAUACGGCCCGAUGCUCUGUGUGACCUGAGUGCUCACACUGUGCGUCCAUAGCAUGAAGAUUAUAACACAAAAUUUUACACUCUUUUCACGGUUGUUGCGGUCGUGAUAAUUUCGUGAAGCCACAUCGAAGAGGCUCGGAUGAGCUUGCCAAAGUCCUACAAGUUGUGCCUCCA